AUGGGUAAUCGAGCAUGGGGAGUUCAAUGGGCACUGAAACCGACUGAGUACGUCUUGCAAACUGCCACUGAGAAAUGUAAAGAGGUGUCCUCGGAUGGACAUAUUCUGGAGAAGCCUGAUGACCACGCUCAUGCUUUGGAAAUGCUGAAGGCUCUACGAGGAAAGACCCAUGAGGUUAGCACUGGAGUCUGUAUUGUGUGUAAAUGGUCGGAUGGCACCACCAAGAAACGACAGUUCACUACUACUACUAGAGUUACCUUUGCCGCGAACAUCACUGAUGAGGAUCUGCAAGCCUAUAUAGAGACGGAGGAGCCUAUGGGGAAAGCUGGUGGCUACGGCAUACAGGGUAUCGGCGGCCUCCUCGCAUGCAAGGUCGAGGGUUGUUAUUCUAACGUGGUUGGCUUACCUGUACACGACACUGCUCGAGCUAUAGCCGAGAUACUGUCAGAUGGCCAUUGA